AUGAGUUAAUUCUCACCUAGGCUAACUAAAGUGUCAACUAAAACAGGAUUCAUUGGUACUUUUGAAGCUGAAUUAUUUGCUUAACAAUAAAACACUCAAUUAAGAGCUUAAAGAAUGCAAUAGGUACAAUAUAAAUAUAUAAUAGAUUCGUAAAUAAGAAACAGACUUAACCAAAAAGAAAAUACAAUAAUAAUAAUAGAUAUAAUAAAAAUAAUAAGAGGAAGAAAUGAAGAAAUAAAAAUAUUAAGAAUAUUUAUAAAAGAAGGCUUAGAUUGAAUAAUUAGAGUAAGCACGUUAAUAAACGAUACUUGAAUAAUAACGAUAAGCAAGAGAAGCUGAAGAAUAUAGAUAAAGAGAAUAUGAAUUAUAGUAGGAAAAGUUAAAAAUGUAAGCUUACUAUGAAGAAUAAGCAUAAAAAAGAUAUCAAGAAGCUUAAGAAUGGAAAAAAUAAUCAUUUUUGGAAACAUCAUAAGGAAAGGCACUUUAAAUAUAGAAUUAAAGAAAAGAAGCAUCAAUUAUUGAAAAAUAAAAAGAAGCUUAAUCUGUAGCUAUAUAUAAAGAAACAUCAAAAAAUAAAACAUAAUCUACAUUUACAUAAGAUCUUGAAAGUUAUGAAAAAUUUGAUAAAAAUAUAUCACGUAGAUAAAUUUUAAAGCCUGAAGAUUUUGCUAAUACAUGUUUUCAUAAUCCUUAAGUAGUUAAACAUGAUAUAGAUUUAGAAAAAGAAAAUGCAAUGGAAAAAGCAAAUUAAACAAUGAUAGAAACAUAAGCUAUGCUUUUAGAAUAAGCUAGAUAGAAAAGAGAAUAAGAAAGAGCAUAAAAAUAAAGAAGUUAAAAGGCAUUAUCUAAAGAGAGAUAAAUAAAAGUUUUAGAAUAAUUAGAAUAAGAAACUAAAUUCAUAAAAAAAUAAGAAAUUAUUUAAUUAUAAAAAACUAAACCUCCAACUAGAAAACCUAAAUCUGAGAAAAAUCAUUAAAAACUAUUAUCAACAGAAUUUGAUAAAAUGUUUAAUUGUAAUAAUUCUUCAAUAGAAGUCAGAGAUCAUAGAGUAAGAUCAAAUUCACCUAAAAAAUCAUUAACAACAAAAAAUAAAGAAAAAUAAAGACCAAAAUCUGUUAAGAUCUUUACUAAAGCUCCUUUAGAUACAAAUCUUUUAAAUGAUCCAUAAAAAGAAUCAUUAGUUAAAGAAGAUUAUACAAAAUAUGCUAUAGGAUCAGAAGAUUAAAGUACUUCUCAAAAAAAGAAAGUUUAAUUUAGUGAUAUGAAGAAUGAAUCACCUUAAAGUUUUUAGAAUAAAGAAAUUGAAUAAACUCUAAAAAUAUCAAAUUCAAAAUCACCUUAUUAACAUCAUUUUAAUAAUGAGCUUGUACAUUCAAAUGAGAAUAGUGAAGAAGAAGAAGAAUAAAAUAAUUAAGAAGAAUAAAUAAAUGAAACAGAUUAAGAAGAUUAAAAUGAAGAAUAAUAAAGUGAUGUUGAUUCUCCACCUUAAUUAAAAUCUAAUUAGAUAUAAGAUAUAAGAUUAUAUAUUAAAGAAUAAGAAUAAUAUUUAUAAAAAUUAGAAUAAUAAAGAAUAAAUACAAAAAUGAAAAUUAAAGAAGAAGAAUCAAAUUUAGUUUAAUCAUUUAAAAAUACAAGAAAAUAAUAAUUUUCUAAAUAACCAAUCCCAGAAGAAUCAGAAGAUGAAUCAUCUUAUUAAUAAUCACCAUCUUAAAUGAAUCAAGAAGAAAGUGAUAGAUAAUAAUAAUCUUUUUAAUAAUAAUCUUAAUUCUAAAAUUAAGAUUAAACUAGUCCAGAAACAUAAAAUUUAUAAAAAAGUUCUUAUUUUGAAACUAUUGAUAAUUUUGAUACUUAAGAUAUAAUGGAAUAGUUUUUAAAACCAAAAAAAACUACAAAUAAUUAAAAUAAAUAAUUAUCAUUAUUUGCUGAUCCUUAAUCCUCAUAAAAAUAGACUAUUUCAAGUUAAUAGAAAUAAUCUUAGUUUGUUACUUUAUAAUAAAUGAAUUCACCUAAUUCUGAAUUAAAUUAUUCCUUAAGUGAAGUUAAGAAUGUCACUUCUCCAAUUAAAAAAUAUGAAUUUUAAUAAACUUCACCUCCUCUUCCAUAAUAAAAUGAAUCUUCAUUAAAAAAAGACUCUAUUGAUUCUGAAUAAAUGAAAUAUUCACUCUAAUAAUCAUCAGAAUAAUUAUAGGAUUUGGUUUAAUAAGAAUAUGAAGAAACAUUAGGAGAAAUAUUUUAAAAGAGAAAAGCUAUGUUAGCUAAGAAAUUUGAAAAUAGAUAAGAUUCAAAAACAAUUGAGAAAGGAGGAAAAUCUAAAGAAGAAUUAAUAUAAAUUAGAAAGGAAAUGCUUAAAAGUAAGAGAUAAGUAGAAAAAGAAAAAUAAAUAUAAGAAGAAUCAUAAUAGGAACCAUCAGAAUAAGAAUUAAGACCUAUUGAAUAAUAAGAAGAUAAAAGAGCAUCAUUAAUGAAAAGAUUAGCUAUGGGAGAAAAAGUAAAAGUAGAUAAGAAAGAAAUGAAAGAGUUAACAAAUAAAAAUUAUGAAUUAUUACCUGAAGUAAAGAAAAAAAAGGAUGAAUAAGAAAAAAAUGAGAAUAUUAAAUCAAGAAAAUAAAAAGUUAAAGAAAUGGAUUAGAAACUUAGGGAAACUAUGAAAUAAAAAAGAUAAUAAUGUUCUUGA